GACUGCGCAACCGGAGUCACUACUAUCUUGAUAUGGCCCAGAGUGCUAUGGACUAAGUCUAGUUGCAAAUUACGAAAUCGCACAACUUUUCCAACAAUGUUACCUGUCACUCCCCCAACAAGCCAUCUUGCCCUCCUCAAUUGUCCCACCUCUCCCUCCAAUGCUUCCAUCUCUUAUAAGUUAAGAGUGGGCAGUGAGAUCUCAGAAGAUACACUGAAAUCAUGUGCUGAUCUCUUCAGCUCCCACUAUGGUAUUUGGGGUGAUCAAGCAAGUACAAUUUCCAAGUAUACCAUAGCUGGUCAAAUACUGUUUUGGUAUCCUGCUACCUCCAGGUUGAGCAUGAGCAUCCCCAACUCUAUGGUCAGUGCAUUUGCUACUGUGUGGGAUCAUGUUGGCUGGUCCAGUCGGCGUUACAUUGCAACUCAGCUCUUGCAAGCCCUCAAGUUUCAUGCCUUAUUCUCUGAUGUCAAUAUUGUUGGUCUGGCCUCAUCUCACCCUGUUUCUUGCAAUGCUUUGGCAAAAUAUGCUGGUAAUAUCAACAAUGUCAAUUUGGAUUUCAUUCACGAACAUGCCAAGGGGAUUCUGGAAUCCUCUCCCAUCAGCUAUCUGAAGGCCACUCAAUUGAGGGGCACACUCUUCCAAGACAACUGUGACAACAAAGCCAUCUCAUCUGUGUUCACUGAGUUUUACAUUGACCACACUGAGCCUUUAGCAGUGUUGCAACAGUACAAGAAGAGAGGUCGAUGGUGCUUGGGUGAGCUCCUCGAUGGACUGUGAAUUUCUUGCCAUCUUUCCUAUUGCAGUUAGCCUAGAGAGCUACUAGCUUACCCUGUGUAAUCUGAUUGGAGAACUGAAUCCUGCUGUGUAUGUAGUAGUUUUUGCACUUUGGCCUACUAGUGUCCUGCAAAUGGCUGUAAUUCACUUUUGCCUUCCUCCUUA